CUCUCUCUAUCCCCAUUUCACCCCUUUGACCAAAACCCUAGACCGGCAGGCGACGGCCAAGGCGACGCGAGGUGCGGCGGCGGCGGCGGCGGCUGGUGUGGAGCACGGCGACGGCUGGUGCGGAGCACGGCGGAGCAUGGUUGCGGCUGCGGAGCGCGGCGCGGCACGGCUGGCCGGUCGAGAAGCGCGGCAAGAGGGUUCACCUGGGUUGAAUGUGUGGCCGUGGUUCGUCCUCUUUCCCUUGUCUGAAUGCUUCCAUUUGAUUUGUUUUGAUUUUAUAAUGCCGGUAGAUUUGUUUGUGGUCUCGGGGUGGGUGUGUUUGAAUAAUUUUUUAGGUUGGCUAGCAGGAGCUGUAGCUCAAGUGGAUUUUUUUUUUGUGCUUGAAUCAUGUAAAGUGUGUUGGAAUCUGGAUUGGCCGUACUGGGGUUAGGGGCAAAGUUUUAAUUUAUUGAGAUUUGCAUGUAGGUUAACACAUCUGGAGUUUUUUUUGGAAAUAAUAUUAUUUUAAUGGAAAAUCGCAAAAUUAUAGGUCAGUUAGACGAAAUCGCAAGUUUAGCACCCUGUCGAACGGAGGCAGUUCGAAAGGGUACCUGUCGAACUGCCCCAGUUCGACAGGUAAUAAAAUAACAUAAAAAAGGAAAAACACUGUAGCGACACUGUAGCGACACUGUAGCGACGCUGCCUAUCGAACUCCCGCUGUUCGAUACGUCCAUGCCACGCGCCCUAUCGAACUCCCCCUGUUCGAUACGUCCCUAUCGGGCACUGUAGCAAGUACUUUUUUAUUUUUUUUCUUGGACAACUAGCCUGUCGAACUAGGGCAGUUCGACAAGGGUUCGACAGUACCCUGUCGAACUGCCCCAGUUCGACAGGGGUACCUAUCAAACUGCCCCAGUUCGACAGGGCGCUAAACUUGCGAUUUCGUCUAGCCGACCUAUAAUUUUGCGAUUUUCCAUUAAAAUAAUAUUAUUUUCAAAAAAAAUUCAACAGCAAUCAUGGAUGUGCUUGGUACUUUAGCAAUAAGGUUUCAUUUCAAAGGCGAGUUUAUUAGGUCAGGGAGGCAGAACAACUACUAUGGUGGAAGAGAGGCCAUGUCUUACAUCAGUCGGGAUAGAGUCACUUUCUGAGUUAAUUGCAGCUUUGCGUGAACACUGCAAAGUUAAGGAAGAAACCAUUCUACACUGGCUUUUUCCAGGCAAAGAUCUAGAUUCAGGUCUACAUGUGUUGUUGGAUGACAAGGUUUGUCAAUAUAUGUCAGACUGUAUUGUUGAAGUUGGUGUGGCUGAGAUUUAUGCAGAAGAGCCAAUUGUGAUUGAUAUCUCAGAGGAAGAGAUGCUGGCAGUGAUUAUGAACUUGAGAUGGCAGAAGAAGGUGGUGAUGAAGACUUUGAAGAAGUAGAGGCAGUGAAUGUGAAUUCAGAAGCUGAUGCAAUGAAUGGGAAUGAAGAAGAUGUCCAAACUAAUGAGAGGUUGCUUCCAGUUCAGAUACCUAAUCCAGCAAUGGUGGUUUACAAAGCAAAAGAAUCACCACAUGGCUGUGAUGAUGAAUCACCAGCUAGCAAUGAGGAAGAUUCAUAAGGUGAUAGUGAUUAUCUGCCUGGUGAUGAUUGCUCUUUAGAUGAUGAUGAUGAGGAAGGUGCAGCUAUAGAAAGACAUUACAAAGAUCUCAAGAAGAAGCUGAGGACAAGCAAAGUGGCUAGCUUGGAUGAUGUGACUUUUGGGGGGCACAAGACAAAUGCAAAUAUGGCUACUGGUACUAAUGAAGGAGAUGGCAAUGACACUGAGUAUAUUGACAGUGAUGAUGAAGAGUCAGUGGAAGAGGGUUCUGAUGGGGAGUUAAGAGUGAGAGGAAGUAAUAAUGCAAGGUUCAAGAAGAAGCCUGGAUAUCCAACAUUUGAGUUGGGAAUGAAAUUUAGUUGCAAGAGUCAGUUUAAGAAAGCAAUUACAGCAUAUGCUUUGGCUGAGAGAAAGGUGAUAAACUUUGUGAAGGAUGAUCCUAAGAGGGUGAGGGCAAAAUGUGACUGGCAUAGCUGUCCUUGGGUAUGUCUGUUGUCCAAUAACAGUAGAAGUGAUGGUUGGCAGAUUGUCACCUUUGAGAAUUUCCAUGCAUGCCCUCCUAGAAGAGAUAACAAGUUGGUGACUGCCACUAGGAUUGCUGACAAGUAUGGCAAAUUUAUAAUUGCAAACCCCUCAUGGCCAUUAGCUCACAUGAAGGCUACAAUACAGGAAGAGAUGUUUGCUAAUGUUUCUGUAAGCAAGUUGAAGAGAGCCAAGUCAAUUGUGAUGAAGAAAGCUAUGGAUGCAACUAAGGGACAGUACCAGAAGUUGUACAACUAUCAGAAGGAGUUGCUGAGGUCAAAUCCUGGAAGCACAGUGGUAGUUAACAGAGAGGUUGAUAUGGAUCCACCAGUGUUCAAAAGGAUCUACAUCUGCCUAGAUGCAUGUAAGAGAGGAUUCAUAUCUGGUUGCAGGAAAGUGAUAGGACUGGAUGGUUGCUUCUUCAAGGGAGCAACAAAUGGAAAGCUCCUUUGUGCAAUUGGAAGGGAUGCUAAUAAUCAAAUGUAUCUAGUGGCAUGGGCAGUGAUUCACAAGGAGAACAAUGAAGAGUGGGAUUGGUUUCUAGACUUGCUGUGUGGUGACUUGAAAGUGGGUGAUGGCAGUGGCUGGGUUUUCAUAUCAGACCAACAAAAGGGUAUUAUUAAUGCAGUUGAGAAAUGGGCUCCAGAAGCUGAACAUAGGAAUUGUGCAAGGCACAUCUAUGCUGAUUGGAAAAGGCAUUUCAAUGAGAAGAUAUUGCAGAAGAAAUUCUGGAGAUGUGCCAAGGCUCCAUGCAUCUUGCUGUUCAACCUGGCAAGGGCAAAGCUAGCACAACUGACACCACCUGGAGCUCAAGCAAUCAUGAACACUCACCCCCAGCACUGGAGCAGGGCAUGGUUCAGGUUAGGCUCCAAUUGUGACUCCGUAGACAAUAACUUGUGUGAGUCAUUCAACAAGUGGAUCUUGGAAGCUAGGUUUUUUCCUAUCAUUACUAUGCUUGAAACAAUUAGAAGGAAAGUUAUGGUUAGGAUCCAUGAUCAGAUUACUACCUCAGCUAGAUGGAACACUGCUAUCUGCCCUGGUAUUCUUAAAAAAUUGAAUGCAUAUAUCACUAAGUCAGCCUUUUCCCAUGCCAUAUGCAAUGGUGCAUCUAGCUAUGAAGUUAAGCACCAUGAUAAUAGGUUCACAGUGCAACUAGACAAAAUGGCAUGUUCCUAUAGAUAUUGGCAGUUGUCAGGACUCCCAUGCCCUCAUGCAAUCUCAUGUAUCUUCUUCAAGACAAACUCACUAGAUGGAUACAUUAGUGACUGCUACUCAGUGACUGAAUUCAAGAAAACUUAUAGCCAUUGCCUGGAACCAUUUGAGGGCAUGAACAACUGGCCAUAUGAUGACAGACAACCUCUCAAUGCACCUGGAUAUAUCAAAAUGCCAGGCAGGCCAAGGACUGAGAGGAGAAGGGAACCCACUGAAGCUCCAAAGGCAACCAGAAUGUCAAAGAUGGGCACAAAAAUCAGAUGUAGGCAAUGCAAAUAGUUUGGCCAUAACAAGUCUACUUGUUACAAACAUAGUUCAGGGGGCCCUAGCACAGCUGCUUCUCACCCUACAGGCAGCCCAGCAGGGACCAAUGCAGUCAGCCCAGCAGGGGGUUUAGUACUGUCAAACUAUACACAGGGUAGGAAAAGAAAGUCAAUCUCGAGUACCAGCACUAGUUCUGCAAUACACUCAGUGAGACCAGCUCCUUCUAAGAGAAAGGCACAAAUGCAGGAGGCACAACAGAUGGUGAAAGUGACAGCCACAGCAUAAGUUCCCACAAAUGAAGGUGGUACAACAACUGUAGACCUGCAUGCAAUUGUACCAUACUCAUAGGCUUCAUCCAGUGCUUCAGUGAGGUUGAAUAGUGGCAAAGCAGUUGUCAACGUUUCAGCUCAAGAACCAGUCAAGAUGAAGCCAAAGAAAGCCACACCUGGGCCACUACUCCUUCUUCCACCAUGGGAGUCUGCAAAGCUUUGAAGUUCUGCCAUCUCCAUUUAACUAAUAUUAGAACUAUGUUAAUGUGUUGUAAUGACUCCUGUGUCUGAGAGCUAUGAUGUUUGAUGUUUUUGUAAUGGACCAAUUCCUGGCCAUUUGCUGCCAUCUGUGAACCAUUUCAAAUGUGUGUGAUGUCUGAUAUGGACCAUUUGUUGUGUGUAGGCCUAUAUUGCCACACACUAAUGCAGUCUGAACUUAUGUCACAAAUUGAGCUAUCUGAAUGCAAUAUCAUGUGAACUAUCUUCA